AUGACCGUCACGGCCCCAAAGCAGCCGUCGGAGACUCAGCCUGUACUGAGAGACGCCGAGCACAAUGAUCGGUUCCGCCGGCUGGGCUGGGUGAGACUCACUGUCAUCUCGAUAGUCGAGGCCAUUGCCCUGGGAGCCCUCGGUCUUCCUUCUGCAUUUGCAACGCUGGGCAUGUUCGCCGGCAUCGUGCUCACGGUUGGCAUGGGGCUGAUAGCCAUGUACGCCGCGUACAACGUCGGGCAGGUCAAGCUCCGGUAUCCCGAAGUCAAGCAUUAUGCGGAUGUGGGGCGGCUGUUGAUGGGAGGGUUUGGGGCGAAUAUCUUCGUGGGAAGCUUUGUCGCGCUUCUGAUCUUCGUCGCUGGAUCGCACUGUUUGACCGGCGCUAUUGCCUUUCGGAACAUCACGCAGACCGACUCCUGCACGGUGAUCUACAGCGCGGUGGCGGCGGUGCUUCUGAUGCUGUUUGCUAUCCCGCCGUCGUUCGCGGAGGUUGCUAUCCUUGGCUAUGUCGAUUUCGUCUCGAUCAUCCUGGCUAUCGGGGUCACGAUGGUGGCCACGGGGAUCCAGAGCGGCGGGGUCUCGGACUGGUCCGCGUGGCCGAUGCCCGGAACGACGUUCUCGUCCGCGCUGGUUGCGGCGAAUAAUAUUGUCUUCGCUUAUUCCUUUGCGGGCUGCUUGCCUUCCUUCAUGGAAGACAUGCAUACGCCGGAAGAUUACGUCAAGACCAUGUGGUGGCUCGGGGGCAUCCAGAUCGUUGUCUACACGCUGACUGGCGCUGUGAUAUAUGCGUUUGUGGGCCAGAGCGUGCAGUCUCCCGCUCUUCUAUCGGCAGGGCCGGUCGUGUCGAGAGUGGUCUUUGCGAUUGCGCUGCCGGUGAUCUUCAUUUCCGGAUCGAUCAACACGACGGUCGUGUGUCGCUACAUCCACGAUCAGCUCCAUCAAGAGAGCAUAGAUCAUCAUAUCAGCACAGCGCGUGGCUGGUCUAGGUGGCUCGCUCUUGUCUCCGGUGUGACGCUGAUUGCCUGGGUUAUUGCGGAGGCUAUACCCGUUUUCUCGAAUCUCUUGUCGAUCAGCUCGUCCUUGUUCAUCUCAGGCCUGUCGUUCUAUCUUCCGCCUGUGAUGUGGUAUUUCCUGCUUCGCGAGGGCGAAUGGUAUGAACGGCAGAACUGGAAGCCGGUCGUAUUGAAUGGCAUCGUCUUCUUGGUGGGGGUGGCUGUCUUUGCCUUUGGCACUUAUGCUAGUCUUGUUGAGCUGAUUCUCAAAUUCACGUCCGGGGCCAUUGGGAGGCCUUUCUCGUGUUCUAUCUAG